CGGGAGAGGGCGAGACGGAGUGCAGGGGUUCGCGGUGAUUGCGGAGCCGGGGGAUUUUAUUGCUGGAACCUGCUCCUCCAGAUAAAAAGGAUCGUUUACGGACGGAAGGCGACGCUCCGGUUUACAGUAUCUGCAUUGCUUUUCAGUCAUGCAUUGAAACAUGGUUUUAUCUAUUUAACACCUCAAGACACUAAGCUACAAACUUUGGAGACAUAGUGCUUUCAAGUAAGAUGAGCCUGACGUGCUGAGUAUUUCCAACAUUUUCUAUUUACCUUGGAUAGUUAACAUCGCCCAAAGUAAAGAAUAAUUAAAAGAAGCCAACUUAUUGUCCACCUUUUCUCCUAAUCUGAUAUCCAAAACCAUAUACAUUUUCAACUGGAGAGCUGAGGAAACCAACAACUGCAGAAAUGACCGUUCAUGGAGUUACAAUUCCAUUCUUUGGAGCAUACAUUCUACUGAUCGUACAGAUUCAAAGUCAGAAUCCUGACAACAUGCUAAUGGGAACAGGCAUGAAGAUAAAUGGUGUUACAGUGGCACCUGAAGAUGCAGAGCCAAGGCUUCAUUGUUAUUGUUCGGGUCACUGUGCAACAGAAGAAGGCAACAACACAUGCAAAACAAAUGGAAAUUGUUUUGCCAUCAUUGAAGAGGAUGAAAAUGGAGAAAUUACCCUUGGUUCUGGUUGCAUGAGGUUAGAAGGAGCAGAUUUCCAGUGCAAGGAUUCAACAAAAGUAAGGAAACGGAGAACAAUUGAAUGCUGCAAGACUGAUUUUUGUAACAAGGAUUUACGUCCAACACUUGUGCCGAUUACUAAUACAGAUGGACUAUUUGAAGGUGAUAUCCAUCGGUUAGGCCUGUUAAUCUCUCUGAUUGUCUGCAUCGUUGUGUUGAUUGUAAUCACAACGGCCUUCUAUUUCAGGUACAAAGGGCAAGCAGGUAGACGGCGUUACAACAGGGAUCUUGAGCAGGACAUGGCCUUUAUUCCACCGGGCGAGUCACUGAAAGACUUAAUUGACCAGUCACAGAGUUCUGGAAGUGGAUCUGGACUCCCUCUACUGGUGCAACGUACAAUUGCAAAGCAGAUUCAAAUGGUUCGACUAGUGGGUAAAGGCCGCUAUGGUGAGGUAUGGAUGGGGAGAUGGCGUGGUGAAAAGGUGGCAGUAAAGGUGUUCCCUUCUGCAGAAGAAGCCAGCUGGUUUCGUGAGACUGAGAUUUACCAGACUGUUCUAAUGCGACAUGAAAGUAUUUUGGGAUUUAUUGCUGCAGACAUUGAAAGCAAAGGUUCUUCGACGUGGCUGUACCUGAUUACAGAUUACCAUGAGAAUGGCUCACUGUAUGACUAUUUGAAGUGCACAGUUCUUGAUACCAAAGCUCUACUAAAGUUGGCUUACUCUACUGCCAGUGGCCUCUGUCAUCUCCAUACAGAAAUCUAUGGUACACAAGGCAAGCCUGCUAUUGCACAUCGUGACUUAAAGAGCAAAAACAUCCUGGUGAAAAAGAAUGGAACGUGCACUAUUGCUGACCUUGGCCUAACUGUGAAAUUCAACAGUGACACAAAUGAAGUUGAUAUCCCAUUGAAUACCCGAGUGGGAACUAAACGAUACAUGGCACCAGAAGUGCUAGAUGAAAGCCUCAACAAGAACCAAUUCCAGGCAUAUUUGAUGGCAGAUAUAUACAGCUUUGGCUUAGUGAUUUGGGAAAUGUCACGUCGUUGUCUCACAGGAGGUAUUGUAGAGGAUUACCAGUUGCCAUAUUAUGAUAUGGUGCCAAAUGACCCCUCUUAUGAAGAUAUGAGGGAAGUGGUGUGUGUUAAAUGCCUCCGUCCAACAGUUUCUAACAGGUGGAACAGCGAUGAGUGUUUAAGAGCAGUUCUGAAAUUGAUGUCAGAAUGUUGGGCCCAUAAUCCUGCCUCUCGGUUGACAGCACUAAGAGUGAAGAAAACACUUGCCAAAAUGGUGGAAUCUCAAGACAUCAAGAUCUGAUCAAGCCUCUCGACAAUUGACAGCGUUGUUCUAGAGGGGCAGAGACAUCUGGCGUGUGAUCAGAAAGAUGGGCAUUUGCUUGCCACAAAACUUACUUCACACCAUACUAGAUAGGCUGCUAAUGAUCUUUUGAAUUCAGGAGUGUUUCAUGCAUGGCAUAUGUGUGAGAAGAAAGGACUUCUGAUAACAAGCUUCCAUACGUUACUUCAUAAAAGACAGCAAAAUGUUUUAACAAUACAAGACUCUAACUUGAUGUUGUUGGAGCAUCUUAAACUUCCUUGGAUUUCUAUGUGUCUCUGACUUUUUUUGUGCUCUGCAAUCCAAAGUGGAAUGUUGAUAGCUGGCCUUUUGUGAACCCUAAGAAUGGUGUCUCACAGCCAGGAGAUGGUGCUUUCUGUGAAAGCCUCAGUCUGAAUCAUUUUGCAAAACUAUUGCUGGUAUUUUAAUAGCUACUUUUCAUCUAUCUGUCAGUGGGGUCUGCCAGGUUCUCUAUUGGGUUCUAAAGGCACGACAGUUACGUCCCAAUUCUGCCCUAAAGUCUGUUGAAUCAGCUGGUCUUUUGUGCGUUUGCAAGAACUUUAAAAGUACUCACUUCACAGAGUGAGUUUCUGCUGGUGCCUCGCAAUGAUGAGGUUUCUUCUCUCAAUCCAGAACACUGCCCAGGUUGCAAAUUGGAGGCUACAGACUCAGGAUUCUUUACUUCCUUGAAACACAUUUUUUCUUGUUAACUCUUAUGUCCAUUCCUGCUUUUAUCGUUAAUCACUCACUUGCUUUCUCUUUUACAAAAGAGUAAGCAGUAGGGAGAACCUUGAAUUUGAUUUCUGUUAGCUGGCAAAAUUAUUUUAAAAUUGUUGUCAACUUUGUAAAGAGUAGAAUGGUACUUAAUUUUGGAAAUGAACACCAGCUCUCUGUUUUGUUAAUUAUGUUCUUGCAGUUUUACAUUGGGUAAUAAUCGUGACCCUCUGGAUGAAGCAUUUUUCAUUAUUUGAACCUGAAAGGAUAGAUUAUUAGAGAAGGUCCAUUUUAGGCCACAACAUAUCUCUCAUCUCAGAACUUUUCAUGCAGUGUCUGCUAUUACUGUAUUGGUCGUAAGAUGUCUUUAAAUUACAAGUGCAUUAUUCUGCUCGUAUGUGUAGCGGGGUGGGUUGCUGUUCCAUUAUAACAAUACUAACUUUUACUUGGAAGCAAGCAUGUAAAACUCUACAUCUUUAGAACGACUUUCGCUAAGGUAAUGUGUUCUGUGAGCAUUCUUUAUGUUUGCACCAGUAUUCACCCAGAUUAAGUUGUGUUUCAAAAGGUUGUCACUAACUUGUUCUCACAAAGUGUGGCAUUGCAUGUAUUUAUUUUUGAGGAUGAGUUAUCACUGUUAAGGAUCCUGAGCAAUCACGCUAUUUCCCAUAUCUGCAUUUAGUUGUUCGAUUCUAUUUUGUCAUAGUUCCUUAGCAAUCAAUAGGGACUGUCAGAAGGAGUGUGAACUUCACUGCGUUCCAGGAGAAAACACUUGAAGCUGUGAAGUGUUGGUUCAUUUAAAAUAAUGUAUUGUCAAUUCAUCUGAAUAAUUCCAAAGUAUAUUCAUGUAUUGAUGAAUUUUAAUAAUCCUAUUAAUAGUGGCUGUCUAAUGUGCCAGGUUCUUGGAUGCCUCAAUCUUGUAAAUGUUAUGUAACAUAAUGUUUAUAUUUUGUGUAGCAUGGCUGAUGAUAAUCUGCAAGCUAUUCUUGUAAAUCUGAUAGCCAAAGUAGGACUUGAAGCUUUUUUUUCCCUGACAAGAGGGAUGUUGAAGAUACAGUGUAAUUCAUUCAUAAACAUGAUUGACUUUGUUACAUACCAUGCAGAGUUAUACAUCUGCAUUCCUUGGUUCUCAUGUUUGUAUUGAAUUUGAAAGAUACUGUAUCAUGUUCAAUGUUGAUUAGCCAGUUAUAAUCUGCUGCCCAGUCAAUAAUAUUGUAAUAUGCUUAGGCCCUGACCUCUGAUGCAUUGCACCAGAGGCGAUUCUGUUUUUCCCAUGAGUCUGAAAGGCCCACAACAUUAUUAGUGUGUUUUACUUUACAUUUGAGAUUUACGGAAGUGUUCCUUUUUGAGAAAAUUCAAAUAUUUUUUAUCAUUUUUAAUGCUGCAGGAAUUCAUACUGACUGCUGAAACUUUUUAAACUCUAGAGAAUAAUGAAUGAUUGGAAUAAAGGUGAAUUACACUGGCUGUCCCUGCCAGUAUUCUGCAUUCUCUCAUCAUUUAUUAUUUUAAUACAGCGGCUGUUUUUAUGAAUUCCUUUUCUUAAAAUAGCAUCUCACUGAGGUGCAUUCAGUUCAUAGUGGAGCUGGAGAUAGAGAACAUAUUUUUAUAAUGGAAGUACAAAAUGGCCAAGUAAAUCUGGAAGAUAGGGGUGAGACCUGAAACUCUAGUCCACUUCUGUUAAAGAUACUCCUAUCUUUCAAAUGAAGUUGUGUGAAUUAGAGAGUUUUUUCAAAGAAAGUGUUUUUAAUUAUUGUGCCUUUUUUGUUAAAUCAGCCUGCCUUUAUUUUAUUUAAAGGAGAGAAAGGGGGAUUUACCACUUGCCAGUCCAAUGUGUCAUCCAAAAAUGUCUCAUUAUAGCAUAGACAAAAUGACAAAUCAGACUAUUUUGCAAUCAUUUAGUCAGCUACUUUGUACAUAACAAAUGGACAGACAACAGAGGGUUAAAGCAGUGAUGUUAAUCUAAUGCUUAUGUCAUCGCAAGUCAAACAAACUGAUCACAUUAAACUAAGCAUAAAGACUUAUAAACAUAUUUUGUACAGCAUCUGGUAAAAGGUGCCUUAUUGCGUUUACCACAGAUUACUUUGCAAGAGGUGCAUCAUGUACACAGAUUAUGUCCUGUAUCUGAAUAUUAAGUAAAUAACAUUAUUUUAGUACACAGUU